AUGGCGAGCACAAAGAAGUCGAGCAAAGAGUCUAUAAAAGAAUACGUGAUAAUAGCCGCUGGUGUAUUAGUAAUAAUAUCAAUGGUGCUAUACACAUGCGUAAUCGCAUCGCCCAACCGAGGCAAAUCGCAGGAAGGUCCAUUAAGUAUAAUAAGCGAGCUGAAGACAUUUUCUACAUAUUCAGAAAAUAGCGCAGUGUAUGAAAACAAAGAGCCUGGUGAUGGAGGAAGUAAAGAAGCAGGCACGCCAAUACCAUUUGAGCAAUUGGAUGAUAUAAUAGGUGCUGGAAAUACUUCUACAUCUUUAGACAUGUAUGCGUCAGAUGAACAAAGCAAUUCUUCUUCUACAAAAGAAGAAAAAGAGGUGUAUGCUGGGUUGAAGAAAGUAUACAAAAUUCUGAAUAUAGUUGAGAGAGUGUGCCAAAAAGAGAUAGACGCUCUAAAAGAGAUGAACACUGCAGCAGAUCUGAUUUAUAAUAUCUUUUUGAGAGCUAGUGAAAAACUAGCGGAAGAUAAAAAGAAGUAUGAAGAAUGUAAUAAUGAAUACGAAAUGAUCAGUGAAAAAAAAGAUGUUAUAAGCGAAAAAAUAAAGUACUGCAACAUAGGCAAUCCUUUUGGAAUACUAACCGGGAUAUAUAAUGAAUACAGCAUGCAAAUAAAAGAGAUUAAUACACUAUAUGAAGGGCUAAAUAACCUAGAAAAAGAAAAAAAGUGCAAAGACGAUAUAUACAAAGAAGCUCUUGAUUAUAAAAAAGAGCUAGAAAAUAACAUGCAGAACUCUAGAAAAGACCUCUUGAAGUACCACACGCAUGUGAUAGAGGUGGAGAGAAAGUUAAGUGAUGUAAACAAAUGCAUUUUAGAGAAUAAUAAAAAAACAUAUGCCAGAGAUGUGCUGUUGUGCUUAGUAAGGGGAAAAGAGGCAGAGCAUUUUAAAGAAAAUGAAAAAGAGAUAAAGCCACUGGCUGAGAUAAUAGAAUUGCACAGAGCCCGUAUGGAAUGCAUAAAAGAGGGGUGUGCUAUGCUAAAUACUAUGCAUAAUCUACAGAAAGACAUUAUAUCUGCAGCUGGCGAAGUAUAUAGCACAUACAAAGCAUUUGAUGCAAUAAAAAGCGCAGGUGAAAGGCAAGAUAUUGCUUUAAACAUAAUUGUGAGAGUGCUGUAUAAAGUACAAGAAGAGUUAAAGGGGUGUAGCUCAAAAAUAAACAAAUCCCGGCAUGAGACUUUGGUUUAG